AUGUGUCCAACUCUGCUCUUUUUGUGUUUGUGGGUAGGAUCUUUGUGAUGCCUCAUUUUCAGCUGUGACAGCUAUUACAAUUUAUGAUCAAAAGAAAUAUUAAUUCAUUAGUCUUCAUCAACAUUAAGAGCAGUUACUGUAAUUGUCCCCAAUUAUAGAGUUGAAGAAACAGAGACACAGAUUGAUUGAUUGAUUGAUACAUACAUAUAUGCAUACAUGCAUACAGAAACUUAGAUCAUGCUGUUCCCAUCAGGAAAUUCUCAAAACUGAGACCUGGCAUGAUAGUAAAUACUUGUUGAAUAUUCACUGAAGUGCAGUGUUAGGUCAAAAUAUUUAAAGCCUGGCUUAUCUUGACUUAGAAUAUUAUCUGACAAAUUUAAUGAGCCAUUAAUUACCAUAAUUCUGGUAAAUGCCUUAAGAAUGAAAGUGAAGUGUGAUAUUGGGAAGUAAGUCAUCUGCUGGUAGUAAGAUGAGGAAAUUAGGUGAAUGAAAAUUGUUCUGUUUAUGAAACGAUCUUACAUUUAAUUUAUCUUUGCAAGGCAGUUGGAUGUGGUCACAUCAUGUUUGAACUAUCUUGGGGCUGAGUUAACGGAGUUUUGUCCUCCUUGUGAAGAAUUCUAAUUUGGCAAGUGGAUUAAAAUCAUCUCAUGAGGAAUUACUUGUCAAAGCAUCAAUGUUUAUCCUGAAGAAGAGAAAACGAAGGAGUCUGUGUCUCCAAUAUUUGAAAAACUCAUUUGGAAGUGGAAGAAGACUUCAUCUAUGUUGCCUUAAAGGAAGAUCUUACAGCGUGAAAGGGAAGCAAUGCAGAAAUCAGAGUGCCACGGAGGCGUUCAGCUGAGAAACAGAGGGGCAGAUAACUGUGAUCAAAGGACAUCAUCCAGCAUACAAAUAAAACAUAGGACUACAGUUCAACAAGGCAAAUCCUCAUCAUCAACCAGUUCUCCAGAGUCCACAAGAAAAUUUCAUCCUCGACCAAGUGAUAAACUUAACCCUAAGACAAUCAACCCGUUUGGUGAACAGUCCCGAGCCCCUUCUGCAUUUGAGGCUAUUUACUCUAAAGGAGGUAUUCCUUGCAGAUUGGUCCAUGGUUCAGUGAAACACAGAUUGCAGUGGGAAUGUCCUCCUGAAAAUCUUCCAUUUGAUCCUCUUCUUAUUACUUUAGCAGAGGGUUUGAGAGAGACUAAACAUCCAUACACCUUCGUGUCAAAGGAGGGAUUUAGAGAAUUACUUUUGGUCCAAGGAGCUCCUGAAAAAGCUGUGCCUUUGCUUCCAAGACUGGUUCCUGUGCUAAAGGCAGCUCUGGUACACCUGGAUGAUGACGUGUUUGCAAGAGGUCUGAAUGCUCUCAUGCAGCUAAGUGUCGUCGUUGGUCCUUCUCUGAAUGACCAUCUGAAACAUCUGCUGACAAGUCUUUCCAAGAGACUGAGGGAUAAGAAAUUCAAAGAGCCCAUCACCAGUGCAUUACAGAAGCUAGAGCAGCAUGGUGGGAGUGGAAGCCUUAUCAUCAUCAAAUCUAAAAUUCCAACAUAUUGUUCCAUAUGCUGUUGAAGAAAGGAGCCCACAAAAAUCUGCUUACUUCCUGGUGACAGGUGUGAAAUGCUGGCCAUGGGCACCUAUGGUACCUUUUCAGAUUCACUUCAGGUUGUUCUUUUGUAAAUCACAGCCACCAUUCAUUCCUUACUAGUUUAAGAUGAGUAAACCUAGUUCCACUGAAUCAUAAUAAAUAAAAGUUACUCAUCAACAAGAAAGAAUGGUCAGUGAUGGGGAGUUGUUAAAAACAGUUCUACAGUAGUAUAAUUUUGUGGGGUCGGUUUUUCAUAUAUUUACAGCUUAGUGCAAACAACCAUUACUGGGUUUAUAGUAGAUGCAUUUGUAUUUAUUUUCUAAUGCUUUGUAUUUAUAAUAUCCCUUUCACACUCAGUUUGUAGCUGUGUGCUUAUUUUUAGACAUUUUGUCAUUUUGUCAUUUAUCAAAGCUAUGGAAAUUUAAAGUAUGGAUAAACAUUUGUGAGUUCACUUUUAAUUAUUGUCUGUACAUAUGCAUCUUAUGAUGUAGAAUCCUUGGAAAAAGUCCAUGCCAGAAUAUUCUAGUUUAAGAAUUUUUUUUUUACAUGUGUAAAUUCUCUUGUAAGUAUGUUGUUUAUUACAACUUAUUAAAACUGCCUAAACUUUAGGUGUUGGGUUUUAUUUAAGUAAAUGUCAUCUUUGUAUCCCGUAGUCUGAAAAUACUGAAGAUACUCAUGUCAUGAAGAUCUUCAGAAAUUAAAAUCUGAAAACAUUUAAAUGCA